AUGGGGACCAACGCCAAGUCCUCUCACGGCCAAACACCGGGUGUUGGAUCAAAAUACACACGAGGGUUUCAUGGUGACGAUGGCUCCAGUUUUACUGUCACAUGGGUUGGAGACGGGACAGGGGUAAUCUUGGUGUUGUCUACAAUCAGUGCUCCUCUAGAUUCCUUCUUCGAGGGCGGUUCUUCACGAUUGUACCGCAGUGCAGACUAUGGCAAGUCUUUCCAUGAUAUUUCUCAUCUCAUCAAUAACACCUUCAUAAGGAAGGAAUUUGGACUUCAGGCUGGACCAGGGAACUCUCAACAGGUGAUUCUGACUGCAGACAUACCGGUUUUGGACAACCCCGGUGGCGUCAUCUUUACCUCAACUGAUGCCGGAGUGUCGUUUAAGUCUGUCCAGUUGCCUUUUCACCCGGCCCAGCCAAUCACCUUCCACUUCUUGAAUCCCGAGUACUUAGUGGUCAUCAGCAUAGAUGGUGGCCUGUGGCUUUCUCUGGACUUUGGGACUGUGUGGAAAAAGGUUCACGAAGGAACACAAUCUUUCACGUGGGGCUCCGGCAUCACUCUCUUCUUCAGCUUCAGUCCCAAAGGAACAGUGGAGGCAGACAGAAGAGGAGAGCUGUUCCUAAAGAGGACAGAAGACCUGGGGAAGACGUUCACCACCGUGGCACACAGCAUCUUCUCCUUUGGCUAUGUAGGAGGCUUCCUCUUCACCUCAGUCAUAGAGACACUGGGAGCCCCACGUGUCAUCUAUGUGUCCUCAGACCAAGGGGACCAAUUCAACAAGGCCCAGCUCCCCUCCGCCUCCACUGAGCAGUUCUACUCAGUUCUGGAUGGGGAUGAGGACAUGAUUUUCAUGCAUGUGGACAAUCCAGGAGAGGAAAGCUACUUUGGGACGGUGUACACAUCAGAUGACCGGGGCAUCCUGUACUCUAAAUCUCUAGAGCGCCACCUGUUUGGUGGGGAAGGGAAGAGCGACUUCACCAACGUCACCUCCAUGAGAGGAGUGUACCUCACCAACAUACUGGAGGAGGACGGCCGCAUUCGGACAGUCAUUUCAUUUAACCGAGGGGGAGAGUGGACACUCCUCAACAAGCCCCAGAAUGUUGAGUGUGGUGUGGAUUCAAGAAAUGAUUGUAACUUGCACAUCCACGGUGAAUACAGUCGCUACAACGGCAUCACUCCCAUGCUGCCUCUCUCUGACCCCACUGCCGUUGGCCUUGUCAUCGCCCACGGCAGUGUGGGGGACUCCAUCUCGUCAACACGGCCUGACGUGUACGUGUCGGAGGACGGGGGGUACAAGUGGAGGGGUUCCCUGAGGGGGCCCCAUCACUACAGCAUCCUGGACGCUGGGGGGCUCGUCGUGGCUGUGGAGGCCCACCCCAUGGACGGCCAAAUCAACACCAUCAAGUUCUCCACAGAUGAGGGCCAGUGUUGGAAGGUGUACAACUUUACAGAGCAGCCCAUCUUCUUCGCUGGCCUGACAUCCGAGCCGGGCACCAAGACCAUGAACAUCAGCGUGUGGGGCUACCGGCCCGAGGAAGACCACCAGCCCAUGUGGGUGGUGGUCACCAUUGACUUCCAGAGUCUCCUCACCAGAGAGUGUGGUAACCAGGACUAUGUUCAGUGGUUGGCCCAUGCCACAGAGGGCGGGGACUUGGCCACAGAGGGGUGUGUCUUGGGCUACAAGGAGAUCUUCAGGAGGCUGAGGAAGCUGUCCGUCUGCAGGAAUGGACGGGACUACGUGGUUAGCAGGCAGAAAAGCCCCUGCCCCUGCACCAGAGAGGACUACCUAUGUGACUAUGGUUACUAUCGUCAUGAGAACAGUUCAGAGUGUAUGAGACAACUGGACACUGCAGACCACGCCCUGGAGGUGUGUCUAAAUGGAGAGGAGGAGGAGCUUAGGACAUCGGGGUACCGUAAGGUUCCCAGUGAUAAGUGUGAGGGAGGUUUCACUCCCCUGCUCAUAAAGGAGACAGUCAACAGGCAUUGUGGGAACUCCAGUCAGCCCCCCACUGCCAGCCCAUAUUCUGAAACCCCGAGAGAGAAGAUGCUGUUGAUCGUAGUUUGUGUUGGAUCAGGGAUUGUCAUUCUGGUGGCUGUUGCCGCUGCUGUCUAUACUGUAAGGAGAAUGGGCUAUGGAAAUAGGGCGCCAAUGUAUCGCUUCUCUGUCCUGCAGCUUCAGGACAACGACUGCUCCAUUGCCGCCGACCCAGAGAGUGUCGCCAGUAGCAACGGAACAUCAGUCUUCCCAGUGGAUUCAGAUGAUGAUCUUAUUGAAUGAACAACAUGAGAUGAAAUAUCUUGACGAUGAUCUCCAGAGCUUGGCCAUUUGGAUGCAUGGCAUUCCACUUGUUGUAUUACGUACCUGUUGCAUCUCAAUGGAAAGAUGUCUAGGGUUUGUAAGGAACAAAUUGCAGAUGUCAUGUAGAUGGUAUGCAGAUGUCCCAAGGUAUUUAUUGAGCGAAGAACACUGGACACUGGUUGAACCAACGUAGAAUAGACGUUGAAUUUAGUUUAUUUCAAGUUUCACUGCUCUGUUUUUAAGUAUUUCAUGAAUUAACAGUUUGUCUCUGUCUGAUGAUAUUAUUUAUGUGUGGAACACUUUCUUCAACUUGCACAAUUUUGUAUGGCGCUUGCAACGCAAUUGAUAGUGGGUUGGAUUCUCGAUUUGGAUAAAAGCGUCUGCUAAAUGGCCUAUAUUUAUUAUUAUUAUUAUUAUUAUUAUUACCACUGUUCACUAGUCUGUAUUUUGAUGAGGCCCUGAAUAAUGUGCAUUCCUAAUAAAUCAAUACAGUAAUGUUAGAAUAGCGAUGUAAUGGAAAUAAAGUGCCUGAUUACCUCA